UGUCUAAUCGCACUCACUCUAAUCGUCACACUUUGAAAAACUAGCUACAGCAUCACAGACAAUUCUGUAUGUAUUAACAUAGUUGUUUUAACCAUUUAUUCGUGCGUUAGUGUGGUCGUUCUUUAACGUCAAUCUCGUAAUCGUCAUAUUUCCGAAAACACUGUAAUCAACCCGUUUGACAGAAGGCUGUCCUUGGCUAGCCGAGCUAGCCCGAGCGAGCUAAACAACGAAAACAAACCAUGGAUGUUUUACAAGACAAUACAUACUCUCUGAAUUAAUUGUAGCUAUUUAAAGCUGUCGGUGAGUUUAGCUAGGUUGACACUGUCUGUUUCUAAAGUUAGCUAGUGCUAGCUAUAUCCAAAAACAAUAACAGGAUGUGAAAACAGAGAAGUUGACACUAGCAUUCCGUCCAGCCACCGUUACUACGCUAGCAUUGACCUCAACCAACGAUAACGACCCGUGGCCUCUUCGAUGUGUUGAUGCACUUUUAAAAAACACUGAUAACAUGAGAAAUAACCGUUAACAUUAACCUUAGUUAGUUUUGUUCAAGGUAAUAUUAAUAAAUCCUUUACAUCCUUUUUGCGACUUAACGGUUUGAUGUCACAUUAACCUGACUGUUUAUGUUUUCCCUUGCUUUAACAGAUCAACGUCUAUUUACUGACCAGCAGCGGAUGAGACAGCAGCUAGUAACGUUACAUCCUGUGACCUGGGUUACUAACGUUACAUUAAACAACUCAACGACAGUUUGGUCUGGGUUGUUGUAGGUCCUGUGUUUGUGUGGCCCCGGCCCCCCUCAGGCCAGAGUUGAGGGUUUGGGUCAUCUGUUGGGCUAAUGUCACAGAGUACUGGUGAGGAGGGGGGUCUACCUCAGGCUGCCCCUAACAUCAAUUUAGACAACCCCACCCAGACUGUGGCAACAGGGAACACACCUGAAGAUCAGGUGUCACCUGUGGUUGAUGAGGCCUCUCCUUCGUCCACGUUCUCCUUUGAGAUGCUUGACAUGGAGUCGGUCCCAGCUCCUUAUCAAGAAGUGCAGCCUCACUGGUUCUUCUGUCGACGGGCCGAUGACAAGACCUCCUGGCUUCCUUUCAGCAGAGAAGACUCUGACAAACUAGAGAAUGCCUGCAACUCUGUAAAAGACAAGGAGGAUGAGGUAGUGAUUGCUGUGGAAGGAGAGCGGUAUGACGUACAUGUCAAGGAGAGGAAGCGCUUUGCUGUGUACUGGGAGCAAGGCCCCACUGAAGUCCGCCGCUGUACCUGGUUCUAUAAAGGAGACAAAGACACCAUUUUCAUGCCUUACCCUGAGGACUCAAGCAAGAGUCUGGAGGAGGCCUAUAUGAUAGCAGUGACCUUGAACGAAUGGAAGAGGAAACUGGUGUUUCCCAGUGGAGAGACUGUCAUCUUACACAAUCCAAAGCUAAUAAUGCAGUAUCAGCCAAUAGGAUUGCAGGAUGAUUGGGUGUCCUCCCCCUCGGAGCAGACCCGGCCUCAAACAGUCAAAAGGGGAGUGGACAACAUCUCUAUAGAAAUACCUGAUGGUGAACCAGAAAAGAUAGACCACCUUGUCUUUAUGGUCCAUGGCAUCGGCCCCGCAUGUGACUUGCGCUUCAGAUCCAUUAUACAGUGUGUAAAUGACUUCAGGAGUGCUUCCUUGUCCCUCCUGGCCUCUCAUUAUAAGCAUGCUCAACAAGAUGGCCAGAUAGGAAGAGUGGAGUUCCUCCCAGUCAACUGGCACAAUGCUCUUCAUGGGGAUGCUACUGGUGUGGACGAGGACAUCCAGAGGAUCACUCUACCCAGCAUCAGCAGGCUGAGACAUUUCACCAACGACACUCUGCUGGACCUGUUUUUCUAUAACAGCCCCACCUACUGCCAGACCAUAGUUGACACAGUGGCCUCAGAGAUCAACAAGCUCCACACCCUCUUUAAACAGAGACACUCAGAAUUUAAAGGGGCAGUUUCAGUAGUAGGCCAUAGCCUGGGUUCACUGAUUCUGUUUGACCUGCUCACCAAUCAGAGGACUGGAUCAGAAGCCAGAGAGGGGGUGCCCUCUAGUGAGCCCUUUCAUCUGAACUGUGACACGCUGCAGCAGACUUUGACCAGACUGGGCCUAGAGCAAUAUUUUGAUACACUACAGGCAGAAAACCUAGACCUGGAAUCCCUGGCUCUUUGCCAAGACAGUGAUCUCAAAGAUAUAGGAAUUCCUCUUGGACCUCGGAAGAAGAUCCUGAACUACGUCAGGAGGAAAUGGCUUUCAGAGGAUUGUAAGAGAAGGGCAGCACGCCUGUCACCUGGGUUGCAAGUUCCACCUCAAGUGACCAGCGAUCACGAUGGGAAUCAGUCUUCAGGAUUGACGACGCAGCAGUCCCAGUUCCACAGGGCGCAGUCUGUCACCAGUGCUGUAGACUACGAAUACUUUGACGUCGGCAUUGGACAGACUAAUGGAGGCAUAGCCAAGGGACAGGUAUGCAUUGAUUACCCACAGCUGGCUUUCCAACCUCAAACAUUUUUUGCUUUUGGCUCUCCUAUUGGAAUGUUCCUGACCGUUCGUGGGCUCAAACACAUCGAUCCUAACUACACCUUCCCAACCUGCAAGAGCUUUUACAACAUCUACCACCCGUAUGACCCUGUGGCCUAUCGGUUAGAGCCUAUGAUUGUAACAGAGGUGGAUCUGGAGCCCAUGCUGAUCCCUCACCAUAAAGGUCGCAAGAGAAUGCACCUGGAACUAAAGGACAGCUUGACACGUAUGGGCAAGGAUUUGAGGAACAAUGUUUGGGGUUCGUUACGGACAGCAUGGCAGUCCUUUGCCAGACCAACAGUGUCUGCACUGCCCUCGGUGGAUGAAGGGGACACUACAUUAAAGAGAGACCUUCAAGAGAGACACACCUCAGCAGCAGUCACUGCUUCUGCUAAGAGGGAAGAGAAAAGUGCAGAUUUUUGGACUAAAAUACUGGAGUGGCCCAGGGCCCUUCAUAAGCAUUACUUCCAAGGAGUGUGUGAGGAGACAGAGUCGUCAGUGUCAGUAGGGCAGACGGAGCAGCCUGAGAUUAAAGUGGGGAUGUUGAACGGAGGACGAAGGAUCGACUACGUACUUCAGGAAAAACCCAUCGAGAGCUUCAACGAGUACCUGUUUGCCAUCCAGUCUCAUCUUUGUUACUGGGAAUCUGAGGAUACUGCUCUCCUGCUGCUAAAGGAGAUCUACGACAAGCAAGGUGUGGCCUUUGAACAGCCACAGCAGUAAUAAAGUUUGUUGAAUCUA